AAGAUCUUAAGCAUAUUAUAAAUGAAGUAAGAAAAACUAAACCCUGCAGCGUGGCAAAGUAGUCAAGUCAGAGAUGGCAAGCUCCACUUUACUUACAAUUCUUAAACUUAUGAUUAUUUUCAUAUGUGCAGCUUGGAUUUCUCUUUGGAUUUUGAAGCCAACUCAAGUAUGGACAAAAAAAUGGAAACAUGUAGAACAAAGUGCUAAUAAUACAAUUUUUGGAUACUAUGGUCUAAAUUUUGCUGUGUAUACAUUUCCAAUAAUUGCUAUUGCUAUAAUUGGACUUCUUUUCUUGGAUUUGAAAGCUGGAUAUCAAAGAAGCAGAAAUGGAAGGAGUUCAAGUUCAUCAAUUGUCUUCUCAAAUCCACUAGUGGUGAACAGUGUAGUUGGAAUCCUAUCCAGUAUUGAAAUACUGGUAGUUUUUCUUUUUAUAGUCUUCUUGGCAUGGACUUACUAUGCACGUAUUUCCAAUGAUUUCAAAAAGUUGAUGCAAGACAAAUCACUGAAACUGAACAUAUGGCAACUUAAGUCUCUUAGAAUAGCAACAAGGUUUGGUUUGCUAGCAGAAGCUUGUUUGGCUUUGCUUCUUCUUCCAAUUUUAAGAGGGUUGGCUAUAUUUCGCAUAUUUGGUAUUCAAUUUGAAGCUUCAGUUAAGUAUCAUACAUGGAUUGGAACUGCUAUGAUACUUUUCGCUACAAUACAUGGCGCCAGCACUUUGUUUGUCUGGGGUGUCAGCCACCAUAUACAAAGCGAGAUUUUGAAGUGGCAAAAGACAGGACGUAUAUACCUUGCUGGAGAGAUUACACUUGUUGCCGGCCUUGUUAUCUUCGUUACCUCACUUCCCCAAAUUAGAAGAAGAAAGUUUGAAAUUUUCUACUACACACAUCAUUUGUAUAUAGUCUUUCUAGUAUUUUUCUUGUUUCAUGCUGGGGAUAAGCACUUCUAUAUGGUCUUCCCAGGAGUGUUCCUUUUUAGCCUUGACAAACUGUUACGUAUAAUUCAAUCAAGUCCAAAAACCUGCAUGGUUUCAGCUAGAAUUUUUCCCUGUGAAGCUGUGGAGCUAAUUCUGCCUAAAGAUCCAAGGCUAAAGUAUAACCCUACAAGUGUUAUAUAUUUGAAGAUACCAACUAUAUCUCAUCUUCAAUGGCAUUCAUUCAGUAUAAUAUCAAGUUCCAAAGCUGAUGACAACAACAUGUCUGUGAUGAUUAAAUGUCAAGGGUGGUGGACCACUACUCUUUAUGACUUGAUACAAACUGAAUUAAACAAAGGUGCUGAUAAAAGGAAAGGUAUACCUGUUGCAAUUGAAGGACCCUAUGAACCUGCUUCAUUAGACUAUUUAAAACAUGACAGUGUGAUUAUGGUUGCUGGAGGUAGUGGAAUAACUCCAUUUCUGAGCAUUUUAACAGAAAUUGAUUCAAUUACCAACAAAAAUAAAUUUCCAUCAAGGAUACAACUUGUACAUGUCAUUAAGAGGGCACAAGAUGUUUGUCUGUUGCAUUCAAUCACACAUCUGCUACUCAACCGAUCAAGCGAAAAAUUUCAUUUGAAACUAAAAUUGUUUGUAACCCAAGAAACGCAACUAAGCAUGGGAAUUACGGAGCUGCUAAAUGAGUUCAUGAAAGUAAAAACACUGCAAUUGGAUAGUGUGAGUUCCAAUUAUUAUGCAGCAUAUGGACCUGAAAGUCCAGUUUGGAUGGCUGCUAUUACAGGAGGUUGCUCCAUCAGUUUUCUUAUUUUCCUAAUCUGUUUCAACCACACUAUAGUUCCAUCUGAAAAGCAUUCCAAAUUGUCCAAAGAAAAGACUCCCUCUUGGAUUGUGGAUCUACUUUUGAUAGCUGCUUUUGUCAUAGCUUUAUCUUGCAGCGCAUUGAUAGCAAUUGUAUUGAGAUGGAGAAGGUUGAAGAAAGGGAUUCCUAAGAAAGGCCUUACACAAACAUCGCAGAUGGAAAUUAAACCCUUUGAUCCAAGUUCAGCUGAACCUAAGAAUGCCCUUGAAGAACAUGAAGUUCAUUUUGGAGGCAGGCCUAACUUUAAAGAUAUAUUAGGCAAAUUCAAGAAUGAAACGUGUGGAUCUGAUAUUGGAGUUUUGGUUUGUGGUCCUGAGAGCAUGAAGGAAUCAGUUGCAUCGGCGUGUCAGCAAGAAUCUGAGUGUUUCAAGUUAGGUGUAAAGAGAACAGAACCAUGCUUCACUUUUCACUCUCUCAACUUCACACUUUAGUAGUCUAAAUUUGGCCUAAAUACCAAUAACAACUCUGUUGUUGUUCAGUGAUUUAGUACACCUUUGCCUUCACUCCCAAGUUUUCAAUAAGCUAUCUGAGUUCUCACGUCACGUGUAGAAUCAUAUAUAAUUUACAUGUAGCCAUCACUCAUCAGAGCAACAUUUUUCAAAUAAUGUAGUUCACAUAUGAAUGUAAUCAAAAUCCACCUCCUUUUAUCCUUGAA